AUGAGCAUCGAAAAACUUACGAAUUGUUUUGGUGUCAGGAUUUUUAUACACGGAUGUAAACAUAGUGCUUUGUUAGAUAGUAGUUCUAGCGAAUAUCAGUAUCGAGAUGAAAUCGUUAACAUUCUUCUGGCAUCAAUUUUUUACGAUGUUGAAGAUGCUCUGUGGACAAAAACAAAACAACAACGCAAUUUCAUCAAACAAGAGAAUGAACGUGAAAGACUUGGAGAUAAACACGAUGGCAUCCUAUACAUGAAUGUACGUGGCGUAAAGGUUGGAGUUGGAUUUAUCGAAGUAGCGGACAAUGCAUUUAACACUAUAACAUCUGAUAAAAAUGAUGAUUUAGAGAAAUUAUUAAAAGGUAUAUAUGUAAUUCCAAUGGAUAAAAUUAUAAAAGAUUGUUAUAAAGUAUUACAAGAUAAAAUUGAUUCAAAUGACUAUUUUUUUGGAAAUAAUUUAUCUACAUUGGAUGUUUUUUUAUAUGGAUAUCUGGCGCCUCAACUAUAUCCAGAUCUACAAAACCAAAGUCUAUCCACAACCAUAACCACUCAAUUUCCAAGAUUACAACAAUUUUGUGAUCGUGUAAAAUCAAAUUUAUCCGAAAAUAAUCAAAAAAUAAACAAAUUGCCAAUUCCAAAAAUUGAUUUAUCAACCAUUUUUACUACUACUACCGGUUCAUUUAGAUCUCCACGUUCAUGGUUCGCUAAUUGGUUUACUAGUACAACAACAACAUCUACUACUAGCGGUAUUAAUAAACCUGAGAAAUCAGAGGCACAAAAAAAUUGA